GCGCUUCGGGAGCCGGAGCGGGAUCCGGGCGCGGGCCGCGGGGCGCGGGCGUGCGGGCGCACGGGCAGGCGCGGCGCGCGGCCGCCCCCUCAACCAUGCUCAAGCGCUGCGGCCGGCGCCUGCUGCUGGCGCUGGCCGGCGCGCUGCUCGCCUGCCUGCUGGUGCUCACGGCUGACCCGCCGCCGCCCCCGGUGCGGGCCGAGCGGGGCAGGCGCGCGCUGCGCAGCCUGGCGAGCCCCGCGGGGGCGGCCCCGGCGGCGGCGGCGGCUGCGGAGCCUCCGGGCGCGCUGGCCCGCGAGGUGCACAGUCUGUCCGCGUACUUCAGCCUGCUGGCCCGCGCGCGCAGGGACGCGGCACCCCCGCCCGGGCGCGCCCCUCGCCGGGUGGACGGCGCCCCGCGCGCCCCCGCCGAGCCGCUGGCGCCCCGCGACGUCUUCAUAGCUGUGAAGACUACCAGAAAAUUCCACCGCGCGCGCCUCGACCUGCUGCUCGAGACUUGGAUCUCGCGCCACAAGGAGUCGGCCUUCAUAUUCACCGACGGGGAGGACGAAGUCCUGGCCAGGCACACGGGCAACGUGAUCAACACCAACUGCUCGGCCGCCCACAGCCGCCAGGCUCUGUCCUGCAAGAUGGCCGUGGAGUACGACCACUUCAUCGCGUCCGGCCGGAAGUGGUUCUGUCAUGUCGAUGAUGACAACUACGUGAACCUUCGGGCCCUGCUGCGGCUGCUGGCCAGCUACCCGCACACGCAGGACGUGUACAUCGGCAAGCCCAGCCUGGACCGGCCCAUCCAGGCCACCGAGCGCAUAAGCGAGGAGCAGGUGCGCCCUGUCCACUUCUGGUUCGCCACCGGCGGAGCUGGCUUCUGCAUCAGCCGUGGGCUGGCCCUGAAGAUGAGCCCCUGGGCCAGCGGGGGCCACUUCAUGCACACAGCGGAGCGGAUCCGGCUGCCCGACGACUGCACCAUCGGCUACAUCGUGGAGGCCCUGCUGGGCGUGCCCCUCACCCGCAGCCGCCUCUUCCACUCCCACCUGGAGAACCUGCAGCAGGUGCCUGCCUUGGAGCUGCACGAGCAGGUGACCUUGAGCUACGGCAUGUUUGAGAACAAGCGGAACGCCGUGCCGGUGAAGGGGCCUUUCUCCGUGGAGGCCGACCCAUCCAGGUUCCGCUCCAUCCACUGCCACCUGUACCCGGACACGCCCUGGUGUCCCCCCGCCGCCGUGUUCUAGCCCGUCCCCAGGCGCCCCUGUGGUGGCCGUGCCUGUGGGAGCUGUGCGCCUGCCCGUGUGCAGACUGCUGGGCAGCUCUGCGCCGUGAGGAGCCGCUGAAGGCGCCGUGGUCCGCGUCCAGCCCUGCGUGGCAGAGAAGGGAGGGGAGGGGAGGUGUGCGUGCCGGGGCGCACCACGGACCUGGCCCGGUCGGAUCUCAGGGCGCCCGUGCAGGGAGGUGUGGUGCAGUGCCUGCAGCACCCCACAGCCCUGAGCCAUGAUUAGUGCAGGCGAUGCUGGUUCGAGGGUGAGGGGCCACGGCCCCUGUCCUGGGCACCGUGGGCCCCUCAGCGGCUGCCGUCCAGAGGUAGGGGCUAGCUCCCUGCCGGCGCCCCUGGGCGGGGUCUGCCCAGCCCCUCGAGGUCCCCUUUGUCUCCCCCUGAGUGUGGGGGGGUCAGAGCUGAGAAUUUGCUCUCCGAGGCGAGAGUGUCGCCCACAGUGGGCGUAUCUGUACAUAUGGUCGCAGUAUUUUUUACUGCGCUGGGUCUGGAAAAUGGGGGGAGAAAGGUGGGUGUGGGGGGGGCUUGUUCUUUGGGGGGUGGGUCUUAUUUUGUCUUUUCUGUGGAUCAGAAAAAGCAGAAGCCAAACUCGGGGUUCCUGUCGUUUCCGAAGCGGCCGUGGGACAAGAAGGCUGCCCCCUCCCCACCGUGUGAUGGUCCCAGCAUCUGGGACCUGGUGGCCGCCCCUCCUGCCAGCGCAGCUGGGCUCACCUGUCCUGGGGGCGGGCUGGUAUUCUCUCUCUCCCUCUCCCUCUCUCUCUCUCUCUCUCCCCUCCCUCUCUCCCUCUCUCUCUCUCCCUUUUCUCCCUCUCCUCCCUCUCUCUCUCUGCCUCUCUGCAAAGACGUAGCCAGGAAAGCAGACGCCAGGGGAAUCGCGCUCAGGGAAUGGAAGUGUUGUUGCUAUGGUGACGUCAUUUGCUGUGAAUAAAGGUGCUGUGUGCCGCG